GGGGACGAAGAAGUUCAUCGAGAGCGAGAGCAUCAACAUACCGUCGCCGUUGCCGCCCAAUGACAAGAACUCACAUGAUGCAGAGGGUAAAACAAAUGGUACAUCGGAUGAAUCGUUACAAGAAACGUUAGAGAAUCUGUUGUCUAUGAAGAUUGUUCGCGAGAAACAAGCGGAGUUGGCGCGAAAGUUGGACGCGCUCCGGCGCAAGUUCGACAAGGAAAAGAAACCGGCCACCUCCAAGUUUUACGUUAGCAACAAACUCGUUAAAAGACUGUCUUCGAAAAAUAUGAGUAGCGAUGCUCACGCAAGCGCAGAAGAAUCGUGCGGCGAGUUCCUAGCGAUGGAGCGCGAGUUGAGGCUCAAGUGCCACCACGCGGUGUACGCCGCGCUAGAGAAGCACGUGCGAGCUGAUCAUCAUCAGCAGAUGAAGGCGCUCUCGGAUUUAUUAGAAGCAGAAAAGAAAGAAGUUCUAACCAGGCUGGCGAACUCGCGAAAGGAGGACGUCAAAGCGUUAGCCAAGAAGACCAACAGAGAUAAAGACGAAAUUAAUAGAAUAAAGCGAGAGAUACAUUCGCAGUCGGUAGAGCGUGGCGUGGCGGAGUGCUGCCGGCUGGAGCAGAAGGACGCCGCGCGGCGCGAGCAGCUCGCGCGCGGCCACGACAAGCUGCUGCAGCUGCUCUUCAAGCACCGCGACCAGGAGCUAUUGGAACUAGAGCGUCUAUGCGGCGGCGCGGCGGAGGGCUAG